AUUGCGCGAUGAUAGUACAGCGGACUUUGGAAUCGUAGGUACCCACAACUAACGCGGUGUUUGUGCGUUUCGUUUUCGUGAUUGCAUUAUUACUUUUAUUUAAUUUUCAAACCGCGUAGGACAAGCAUCGAUGGCGUACAAAAACGGUAUACGUGCAUAUCAUAUAUCGUACUAGUUAUUUUUAUUAUUACUUUUUGAUUUAUAUCGACGGAACCUCCUCGCCGCCUCCGGAAUCAUCAUCAUCAUCAUAUUGUACCCAAAAUCGGCAUUGUUUAAUCCCUUCAUCCCGAUCGCACGCCACUACUCUGUUUGGUUUGGUGCGUUUUCGGGAAAUAGGUACUCGAGGUUUUUGAUUUUUCUCUGCUACAAUACCCUGAACGAAAUCAGAUUUUUGACUACCGUGGUCUAGAGUCUCUUUCUACACCCGAGUUGCCUGUAAUGGCAUGACCGCACAUUAUACUGUUGAUUAGGGAAAAUUCACGUUGACCGAUUUGUAUUUCAACAGCCAUGCAAAUAUAAAUAACUGACUGAAAACAAUACUAUGAUUUUACUUUUUAUUUUAUUUCAAACUUUAUUUGUUUAGUAGUCAAUAAAAAAUAAUUUUAAAAUGGCUGCACAUUGUUUUGAUCCUAACAAUAAAGCCAGUUGGUAUUUCGGACAAAUGUCCCGAAUUGAAGCUUCUGAUCUAUUAAUGGGUGAACGAGAAUGUGGAACAUUUUUAAUUAGAGAUAGUCUCAGUAUUCAAGGAGACUAUGUGUUAUGUGUGAGGGAAGAUAGCAAAGUUAGUCAUUAUAUUAUCAAUAAAAUACAAGAAAAUAAUGAAACAAAAUAUCGGAUUGGUGAUCAGAUGUUUGCUGAUUUACCUAGUUUAUUAGCAUUUUAUAAAUUACAUUAUCUCGACACAACUCCUCUUUUGAAACCUGCUGUUAAACCAAUAGAAAAAGUUGUUGCCAAAUAUGACUUUGUUGGAAAUGAUCAAGAUGAUCUACCAUUUAGAAAAGGAGAUAUUUUGACAAUUCUUGUAAAAGACGAAGAACAAUGGUGGACAGCUAAGAAUAUAAUGGGUCAAAUGGGUUCUAUUCCAGUUCCAUAUGUACAAAAAUAUGAUGGAAAUCCACCAUUACCAAUGAAAGACAAUAAUCAAAUUCCUGGAUCUAAUAAUGAGUCGACAUUAAGGCGGUCUAGUCUUCAAAAAAAAUUACCAGCUCUAGCUAGAGUUAAACAAGUUCGUGUACCAAACGCCUAUGACAAGACAGCAUUAAAACUUGAAAUUGGAGACAUAAUCAAAGUAACAAAAACUAAUAUUAAUGGUCAAUGGGAAGGAGAACUCAAUGGUAAAACCGGACAUUUUCCAUUUACUCAUGUGGAGUUUGUAGACUCUGAAAUGAAUGAUUGUAUAAGUGACAGUUAAUUUUAAUAUUUUUUUUUUAUAGCUUCUCAGUUUUCUUAGUUAUUUUUAAAAUAAGUUUCGCUAAUGGCAACUAACUAGAUAGGUUAAUACAGAUAUAUUUUAUUAUAACAAAUCAUUGUAUGUUAAUUCAUUAAGAUAGAGUUUUAUCUACUUAAUUGAAAGAAAACAAGUAAAUAUGUAUCAGAAAACUUUAUAAUGUAAAGUAUAUUGAACAAAUAUGUAAAAUAUACCUUAUUGCAUUGAUUGUUCAAUAAAGCAAUAGUAAGUGAAACAUAUCAAAAUCUAAUUUUAUUAAUGUGAAUUAAAAAUUUAUUUAUACAUAAAUUAGGUUCGGUAAAACAGAAUAACUUACAAUAUUGACUUUAAAAAAAUAACCAAUGAAUAAUUUGAAAGACAAUAUACAUUUAUAUGACCAACAAAUAAAUUUAAUUAAUAUUUAUUAUGAUAUUUACUAAUGUGAAUAUAUUUUAUAUUUAUUCAAACCAGUUGACCAUAUUAAUUAUUAAAAUUAUUUAACAUUUGUACAAAAAUAGUACCAUGAUUGUUUAUUAGUCAUUUAUCUAUAUGCCAUAAAUUUCAAAUGUUAAUUUAUUAAAUAAAAUCAAUUAUAUAUUAAUCAUAUGACAUAUAUGAUAACAUAACCUCUGACCAAUAAUACUGAAACUAAUAUGACAUAUUAAUUAUUUCAGUAUAAACUGUUAAUAUAAAAGCUUUAUUUUUUUUAAUUUGUUAAAAAGUUUAUUUUUUUAACAUUUAAUAUUUAUGCAGAUCAUUUAAAAUAACAUAAACAUAAAAUAAUGCUUAAAUCUUUGUUGCAAAUUCUAAAUGUUUAUAUUAGUGUUGUUUGUUAAGCAUUAUGAUUUGAGAAAUUACCAAUUAUUGCUAUCUCCCUCAAUAAAUAUUUAUGCCUAUAGUUUUUUUUUUAUCCGUGCUUGUAAGAAUAACCUGUGUUGUGGCAAAAAUGUUCUUAAAUUAUACAAAUGCUAUAAAAAUUACCAACAAUUCUCAUGUACUGAUUCUGUUAGAUUAGUUAGGCCAAGGAUUUAUGCAAUUUAAAAACAAAAUGCUUCAAAAUUUGGUAAAAAGUGUCCACUUUAUUAAGUUUUUAUUUUAUUUAUAACAUGAUGUUUAAUUACACAAUUCAAGAAAGGUUUUUAUGGUAAUUUAUACAUAGUAGUUCUGAAUUUAAGCUUACUAAUCUGAUUUACUUUUUGACAAAUAUUUAUUAAUGUAUGCCUCGACAUUUUUAUACAAAUUAACUACCAAUAUUUUAAAUAUUUACUAUUAUAAUAGAAUUUGUAUGUUUGGCGAUUGUAAUUAUUAUAUUUUUUCAUAUAUAUAUAUAUUAGCCUUGGUAUAAUUGGCUAUUAGCUUUUUUUAUUAAAUAUACUUUAACUUACAUUAGAUUACAUUUUUAUAUGUAUACAAUAUACAUAUACAUGGUUUAUAAUAAUUUAUCUAGUUUCAAGUUGUUAUAGAAUAUAAUUAGCUGUUGUGUGUUGUCUGGGCUUUGGGCUUCCAACAGAUUACUGAAAACCUUUCUCUUUGUCUAUGAUUGUAAUUAUUAUAGAAUAAACAAUAAUUUACCUUUUUUUUUAAUGGUUGUAAAUAAAAAUAGAAAAUAAGCAA